AUCAGCCGUACUGUGCAUGUUUGACAGCUGAACAUAUACACGGAACAGUCGACGUCAUUAUAAAUAUGGAAUAGAAGUGAAGAGAAAAAAAAAAUAUAGCGAAUUGUCGGCUCGCAUAGAGAAAUACAAAAAAAAAACCAUUGAAAUUAUAACAUAAUUGUAUAGUAAAGAGUCCAAUCCAAAUCGAUUGAAUUGAAAACGACGAAAAAGAGACACAACAUUCAUAGGCAAAUCUAGACAUAACCCAUAAAAGAGCAAAUAUCGACACACAGAGACAGACGGACACACAUAGAGUGAGAGAUAGAGGCAAAGAGACGAUAGAAAAAGGAACAAUUUGAAAAAUUAAAAUGAAAUAAAACGAAAAAAAAACACAGAAUAUGAAAAUUUCCAAGUGGGGUAGAAAAAGAGCGAGAGAGAGAGAGGGAUAGAGAAGAAUGGAGAGUGAGUGACAGAGAAAGAGAGAGGGGGAGACUGCGGUGUUCAGAUCGAAAUAAAAAGAGUGGCAAACAGAGAAGGAAAGAAACCACCGUAUAUAUGAUAAUUUUACAUGGAAACACAUGGAUAUGCAUAAAAUUGUUUGAAAUAAGCUUCGCAACUAUAUCAGGAGCUAAUUGUCAAUGUGAAAAUGGUAAUCAGUUCGUUAGCCAGAUCCCCCUCUCCAAUUCCAACACCAAAUUUUCGCACCAAAAAUUCAAUCAAAUGAAAUGGAUGUAUUCAGAAACACGAAUUGAGAACUAUUUAUUUCAUUGAUUUUAUGCUCUUGACAAAAUUCGGUUAUGCAAUUUAUAUAUGUAUACAUGCAUAUAUGCAUAGUUGGAUGUCAGAACAACACACGAACAAACAAACAAAAAUUGGUAUCUUUUUUGGUGUGAAAUGUAUGUGUUUGUACAUGAAAUUGAUGUGACAUAUUUCGAAUGUGGAUUACAGUUUGUAUUUUUUUUUUCUCUACGCGUUAGAGUGUAGUUACACAAUUUUCCCAACGAAUAUCUCUAUAUCACACUCAAGAGUCAACCGAAACAAUCACAAGACACACCGUCGUCAAGGCGGACAAAAAAAAAAUCUGGAGACACAAAGGGAAAAUAAUCCACUUAAUAGAUUUUGCGAAAUGUUUUGUAUUUUUGCUGUUGUAGCUGAUGAUGAUGCUACUGCAUCUUCGUUGCCAUGCAUUUCAUCAAUUUUAUCGUCUGAUUUGUGUUUUUCUGAUUUGUUUCUACAUUAUUUUUUUCGCUCAAAUGUACAAGCUAAAUAAAUAGCUGGGCGCCAAUUUGAUUUGGCUUGUAUCGUAAAAAUUUUCAUGUACUCAUAAGAGUCCACGCACGUCAAACAUACGUAUGCACCGAACUCGUAUAACACACAUAUAUGUGUAUAUAUAUAUGUUUAUAUAUGGGAUUUGUGAGUGAUAUCAAUGAUCAUGUGUCUCACAUGUCUCUCCUAGCGUAAUGUUACGAAAUGUCUCUGCUUCUCCCUUUCUCUUCCAUUUUCCUGUGGUUUUUUCACUGGAAAUGUGCUUCGAGUUGAAAUUAAAUCAAAAAACAAAAAUCAAUUGUAUUUGGAUGCACAAAAUUCUCUCUCACACACACCUCCCUUUCUCUCGCAAGCUGUCUCUAUCUCUUCCUUUCCCGCGUUCUCUCUCUUCCUUAUGAAAGAUCGAAUAAAAAUAACGUUUUUGGCUUAUUAAAGAGACAUAUAAAAUGUAAAGUAUUCAUCACCCACAUUUCUUUUGCCAUAGAUUCACUCGAAAAUUAGUCUAUCGAGUACGCGAUUGAAUAUUUAAUUGCAGACGUAUUUGUAUGCUAGCUCGAGCGAGCGCUCGUCACAACACAUAUGAAUACACUUUUUUUUUGUUCUCUCUCUCUCUCUCUCUCUCUCUCUCUCUCUCUCUCUCUCCUCUCUUACUACCUCACUCACUCUCGUUUCGUUAACUUGACGUUAGCGGCUGUCAGACCUCAGAAUAUAUAUAUUCAGAGAGCGAAGAAUUCAAACAAAAAUAAGUAGAAAGUCUCGAAUAUACUGUGUACGUACGACUUCUAAAUCUGAUAUGACAAUAAUUUAGUUUCGCCGCAGUUUUGACACCGAAUACAUUAUUCUCGUUUUGAGGAUUUUUUUGUUGUUGCUUGCAGUUUGUGAUUUUCAUUUUUCAAUCAUUUCGUUUUUUUUCUCGACAUUUUGUUUACCGACUUAUUUCUGUCAUUUGCAAUUGAUUUUCGAACUAAUUGAGACAUUUUGUGGUCAGGUGAAUCUAGGUAACUAGAAAUUGUUUUGAUUCUUUUUGAGUUUGGUGAAAUGUGUAUCGAUUCGAGGAGUUUCGCAACGUAAACUUAUGAUGCAUUCAUUAUGCACGUUCGUUCGUUUAUAUUCUAAAAUCAAUGUAAAGAAACAUGCAAAUUUUCCAACUCGAACAAUAUACUACUCAAUAGUUGAAUAGUAUACUACUCAGAUUUGAAUUGUAUCUUAAUUUUUCCAAUAUGACCUUCUUCUCGGUCCGUUAUCCGUUCUCCUUUUAACCUCUAUUUGUCGCAUGAUUCUAAUUGCAUGGAUUGAAAUACAUUGACAGGCUUAUGGCAUUUUCGUAUCCAUACGAAACAUAUAACAUAUUAAGAUAACAUUGUACAAUUUGAUGCGAUUUUCCGAAACCAUUUACCGCCCAUUUGUUUGUCAUCGCGCAUCGAAACAGUUCCAAUCAAUGGUCAAAUUGUGUGCCCAAUAUUCCAUACUCUUCUCGGAUGUGGAUCGAAACCGAUUCGAGAGCAUUUGUACGCAUAUUUGUGAAUUUCGAUCAACUUCAUUUGGAUCGUGUAAAUGUUUGCAACAAUGACUUGUGCAAACAAUUUCAAUAACAAAUAAUUUAUAUUUACUAUACACGGGUGAGAAACUUCAUUUUGCGAAGGAAACAGAGAAAAAAAGCACACGAACAAGAAGACGAAUAAACCAGAAGAUUCAAAUACAGAAUUCGCCGACCGAACGUCGAUUUUUAUGUAAACAUAAAUGAAGGUUGUACAUAGCAUUCAAUGAUCAUAUAUAUAUUGUAAGAGAAUAUGAAUAUUGCUCAUUCCAAAUCGUACUAAUUUGGACUGAUUCAUAUAUGAACGCGUAAAACGAACGGUUUCAACACCAACAAUAACAAAUCGCUUCGAAUAAUCACACAAAAAAUAAACGCGCACGCGAGUGAAUUAGCAACAAUGUCGACGACAAACGCUACAAACCCAUCAUCCGCAGGCACUUUAUCGCCGUCUGCUAGUAAUGCAAAUACAACAACCAUUGCUUCUGCAACAGCGACAGCAACAUCAGUUGCACCAUCAUCGAGUACUAUUCCAACUAGUUCAGCAUCAUCAACAUUACAGUGGCCCAAUAAAAUUGACGAUUAUGAAUUGCGUGAGGUGAUUGGUGUUGGGGCAACGGCCGUUGUGCAUGCAGCUUAUUGUAUUCCACGCAAAGAGAAAUGUGCAAUAAAACGUAUCAAUUUGGAAAAAUGGAACACCUCAAUGGAGGAAUUGCUAAAGGAAAUCCAAGCAAUGCAAUCGUGCAGCCAUGAAAAUGUCGUCACAUACCAUACCAGUUUUGUGGUAAAAGACGAACUAUGGCUAGUACUGCGUUUGCUUGAGGGUGGCAGCUUAUUGGAUAUUAUCAAGCAUAAAAUGCGCACGACAAAUUGCAAGCACGGUGUUUUCGAUGAGGCAACCAUUGCAACCGUUCUUAAAGAAGUGCUUAAGGGUUUGGAGUAUUUUCACAGCAAUGGACAAAUCCAUCGUGAUAUUAAAGCCGGCAACAUUCUACUUGGUGAAGAUGGUACGGUGCAAAUUGCCGAUUUUGGUGUUAGCGCCUGGCUAGCCACUGGACGCGAUAUGUCACGGCAAAAAGUUCGACACACAUUCGUUGGCACACCAUGUUGGAUGGCGCCAGAGGUGAUGGAGCAAGAUCAUGGUUAUGAUUUUAAAGCGGAUAUUUGGUCAUCGGGAAUAACAGCAAUUGAAAUGGCAACGGGUACAGCUCCAUAUCAUAAAUAUCCGCCAAUGAAAGUGCUUAUGCUAACGUUACAAAAUGAUCCGCCCACCAUUGAUACGGGAGCUGAUGAAAAGGAUCAAUACAAAGCCUAUGGUAAAACAUUUCGUAAAAUGAUUGCUGAGUGCCUACAGAAGGAGCCAUCGAAACGGCCAACGGCGAGUGAACUGUUAAAGCAUCCGUUCUUUAAAAAGUCAAAAGAUCGCAAGUAUUUGACACAAACACUGUUGGCAUCCGGCCCAUCGAUGGAGACCCGGGUGAGUAAGGCGGCUAAACGACAACCGGGCGCAUCGGGACGACUGCAUCGAACUAUCACCGGUGAAUGGGUGUGGUCGAGCGAAGAAGAAGACAAUGGACAACAUUCAUCGGAUUCGGAAGACGAAGAAAAUCGCCCGAUGAAUCGCUUAAUCAAAGUGGAAUCAUCGGACAGUGAAAAUGAUGAUCAAUCGGAGUUGACAAUUGCAUCGGGCGGUGCAGCUCAACUGCAAAACUCAUCGGAAAUUCCACCAAUCAAUCUGGUAUUACGGAUGCGCAAUCAAAAAGGUGAACUGCAUGACAUUCGUUUUGAGUUUGCUGUUGGUAAAGAUACCGCCGAAGGUAUUGCAUCGGAAUUAGUUGAAGCCGGUCUGGUUGAUGGCCGUGAUACCCAAGUAAUGGCAGCGAAUUUACAAAAAUUAAUCGAUAACCGAAAUCACUUAAAGACUGUGACAUUUUUAUUGGUGUCCGCCUAUGUACCUGGUGAGCCAGCCGAUGAAAAAGCGUUGAUAUGCUACGCGCAAAUUUCAAUUACCGACUAAACAACUACAACUACAAUAAAGAGAGAAAACAAAAAGUGAAACACUUCUACACACCACAACGCAAAAACACACACAUUUAGCACACCCACAAACACAAACACAUACACACACACACACGACGAUUCCUACUAAUGUCGAUUAUAAUCAGCUUAGCCAUCUUCAACUUCACGCAAACUGUUUUCUUCUGUUAAGUUUCUUCUUGUUCUUUCGUUUUUGUACGUGCAUCGGACAAUUGCAUAAUAUGCACCAAAAUAUAGAAUCACAUAGAUGGGACAUUUCUUAGCCCUUUGCCAAAAUUGAGAAAGUGGAAAAACGAACACACACAAAAACAACAACAAAAAAAAAACAAUUUAUUACAAAUGCAAAUAUUGUAAUCGUUUCCUUCUUUUUAGUGAUUUUUUUGAGAGUGAAGGAUCCUUUGGAAAAAAAAAUAAAUAGAUAUAGUAUGUAACGAUUGUAAAUUGAUUGAUUCAUUAAAUAGUCUAGGUACAAGACAAAACAAAUUCUAAGUUUAUAACGAA